AAAGUCGCGGAGGAGUUAUUCGUCGGGCUUUAACGUUUGUCGCGUUAAUCAUUCACUCCGUGAGCUAACUUAGCGUUAUCUGUUCUUAGCCGCGGCAGAAGAAUGAGCGUUAGCUAACAUGACAGCUGUCAUAAGCUAACUGUUACACGUUAGCUAGCGUUUAGCCAAAAGGUUCGGCCAAACGCGGUGUCUUUUAACGGCAUACAUCUUGUUUAACAAGUUGCUGGCGGACGGGAACAAUGGUGAAGUAUUUCUGCUGCGCCGGUUUGCUCCGAAGCAGCUGGGACCAAGUGUGUAUCGCUUUCUGGCAACGCUACCCGAACCCUUACAGCAACCAUGUUUUGACUGAGGACAUCAUUUUCCGGGAGGUUACUCCAACCAACUGCCUCAAAUCCAGACGACUGUUGACCAAAACGAGCCGAGCGCCUCGCUGGAUGGAGCCGUACCUUCCAAAGCAGAUGGCCAGCUCGGCAUACAUCAUUGAGGACUCUAUUGUGGACCCUCAGAAAAAGACCAUGACCACGCUCACAUGGAACAUCAGCCACGCUCGCCUCAUGUGCGUGGAGGAGCGUUGUGAGUACCAGAUCAACCGCGACAACGGCAGCUGGACAGAGAUAAGAAGAGAAGCUUGGAUCUCUUCCAACAUCUACGGGCUCUCCAGAGCCAUUCAGGAAUUUGGUCUUGCAAGGUUCAAGACCAGUGUUACAAAGACCAUGAAAGGCUUUGAAUACGUGCUUUCCAAAAUGCAAGGUGAAACUCCAUCAAGAAGCUUAGCAGAAACUGCUACGGAGCGAGCCAGAGAGACGGCGCUGGCAGCGAAGGAGAAAGCCAAAGACCUCGCCUCACAGGCCCAGAAGAAGCAAUACGUGUGAUGAGCCGUAUAGAUCUUGCACUACGGCGCCGGUUUAUCUUUAUCCCCCCUUAACCUCGUGAUUUAGAUGAACGGAUCCCGUCGUGAGGAGGCAGCGUACUGAAGCAGUGGCUGGACUGAAAAGCUGGGCUCCAGAGGCUGUUUCCAGCCUCCUGGAACAUGUUCUACCUUCAAUCGGGUUGUAGCGGUGAAGCGCGAGUACGAGGAUUGAAGUACCGGGUACAUUUGCUUUUUUACGGUAUUGAAAAAAACGGACGUAAGGCAGAGUUUGUGAGUUUAAAAGGUACAGACAAGAGUGCACCUGGAAAGGACGUUUAUUGUUAAUGAUCAUAGGAUGUUAUUUUACUGUUUUACAGCAUUUUUCUCCAUUUAGUAUUCUAUAGUGAUAACAUGUAAACUAACAUGCUAUGAAUUAUCAGGUUUCUGGUUCUGUCAAUUCAUUACAAUUUUGUUCUGUCUUUUCAGGGUCAUUGUAACUGACUUUAACAAUACUAGUUAUAAUUCCGUGAUAUUUUCUAAGAAGGUCACCGCACCGGGAAAAUCUUAAACCGUUACAACCCUACAUUUGAUCCCAGAUCAUCUCCGUAGUACCCAUAGAUGGUGAUCUUAAAAGAACGGUAGAACAUGGCUCCGGGUGCCAUAAAGUAAUAACGGCAAUCCUUGAUCCCGUGUCUCUGACCUUUGCUCCACAUCUGUGCCCAUCAACGUCUCCUUUUUACUGUUCUCUUUUGUAUGCCAUCUUAUUUUUUUUUUUAUAGUUUUGAAUUACCAAAAGCUUCUUCUUUAGAUGCUCAGAUUAGCAUUUUACUAAAUAUGAUUCAUGCAAAUUCAUGGUUGAUUUACUUAAGUUGACUGUUUUGCCACAAUCAUUUUGUCUUUUAGCUCAGUUCAUCCCACCACACCUUAAACCUCCUACUGAGACUGAUUGCUUCAAGUUGAAGUGCAUUGACUGAAGAUGUAUACAAAGGCCAAAAUGAUUCUUUGUAUUGUUAGAUCUGAUUACACAACACGUACAACAAUGUGCUCUUAAUUAAGUGAUUAAAUAUCUUGUUAAUAAAUGAAUAUUUCCUUUGUAA